CUUUUGGCCAGCUACACAUCUGGAGAACAGUCGUCAAGGCAACAAAUUGCAGUCUAUUCAGACAAUCCUGAACUAUGUAGUCAAGUUUGCUGUGAAUUGGAAGAAUGUCAGAAUCCCUUUCUUGAUCUCCAGCCAUCAGAAAAUGGGUGGGAUCAGUUUUUUGUUUACCAUCAAGAAAGCCCAUUGGUAACCUGUGAUCAAAUUGCAGCAAUCCUCAAAGAUGCCAUCAACAGAAGACGUAUAGGCAUGGUUCCCAAUAGCCGUACUUCCUCUACAGAGGCUGUUGCGGGAAGUGCUCCUCUGUCUCAGGGUUCAUCUGGUAUUAUGGAAUUAUAUGGCUCUGAUGUAGACCCUCCUCAAAACCCUGUUAAUUUUCCUGAUAAUCAACAGGAGGCAAAUGGAGCUGCACAAGCCCAGGUGGAUGUCAACAUAGAUCUUGUAAGCCCAGACAGUGGCCUUGCUACAAUAAGAAGCAGCCGUUCAUCUAAAGAGAGCUCUGUUUUUCUUAGUGAUGACAGUCCAGUUGCUGAAGCUGCUGGUUCUCAUCAUAAUUUUGCUGCAGGUAUUGAUUCUUAUGGUCCCAUCCCAGAAUGUGUCAUAAUUGAGGAAGAAACACCUUCAUCCAGAAAUAACAGUGAUAACACUGAUCUUUUUAACUUUGAUCUAGCUCCAAAUAUCCAUUCCGAAUCUUCUUCACAUUCUGCUGACUAUUCAAUGGCUGAUGAUUAUUUCUUUCAAAGUGAUUCCUCAGAAGGACAGCAAGCUGUUGCUCAGAAAGAGCAUAAUGAAUUGCGGUUCUACAGAGAAAAUAUGGCUAGCUGUUCAACAUCAUUAUUGCAAACAAAAGUUGACAAUGUUUCAUUAGUGGAAGUAGAAAAUAUAAGUUUAGUAGAAUUUGAUGACAACUUCAUGCAUAGUCCUGAGAACCAUGAGGAUUUAUGUGAUAAAAAUCCAAGUAUUAGUGAUCUUGCUGAAUAUGAUGCCACUUUAUCUUCUGAGGUCCUUGGUCAUGCAGAAGUUAAAGUUCCCCCAACACCAAUGAACAGUUUAGUUGAGAGUUCUCCUCUGGAUAAUGGAACACCAACCUUUUUCUCAGAUGACGUGAUAGAAAGUAUAAACAAAUUAGGAUCUUCAGACAUAUCUCAGGUUAAGUAUGGAUACUGGAGGAAUGGAGAGGACCCUGAAGCCUUGUUGAAUGACACAUGGAGCUCAAGUGAACAGGAGUCCGUAUUUCCAAGCCCAGACUCUUGGAAAGACCAAAAGCCAAAGGACAAUAGUGAAAGUAGAAAUUUAGUUGAUUCAUUUCAACUGAUGGGGCCCUCCUGUUACAGGCAAAAUAACAGAGACAAUCAUGAUAAAAACACUAUGCAAGAAAACAGACCUUAUUCUGAUUUAUGGAAAACAAACAAACCAUAUCAAGGAGGAUCAGAUCCAUGGUGUGAUUUCUCAGGCAAAUUUGUACAGUGUACCAAUGAAUCAGAUAAUUCUUGGAACUCAUUGCAUGGAAAAAAACAUAGAAAAUAUUUCACAGAAGUUAAUGAAGUAGGUAAUAUAGAGAGUGACCAUUCUUCUGAAAAUACCCCUGAUGCCAUGGAAACUAAAAUAGGUCAAGACAUGCUGGAAAAAAAUCAAAAUACCAAAAAGGCAAAUGGAAUUCCUAAUUUAGGAAUUCGCUCAAAAUGCAAUACCUUUGAAUCAGAUAUAGAAGCAUCUACUGAUUUAAAACACAUACAAAGAAAUCUUUGUGGCUGGGAUUUAUAUGGCAGUAAUCAAGAGCAAAGUGCUAUAGAUGACCAGAUUGCCUGGGAAGAUCCCUUUUUGUCUUAUAGAUGUAUUGAUUUCACAUCUCCUGUUACAAGUAAGGAUUGCAUGGUUUCUCCUCCAGACACCAACUACUCCACAUCUGAUUCAAUUUCAUCACCUCUUUGUGAUGAUAAUUUGCAUGAAACAGAAAACCUAUGGCAAGAGCAAAAUGCAUCUGAGAAAACUCAAGAUUUCGAACCUACUGCUUACACUGAUGAACCCAUAUUAAAUAAUACAAGUGCUCCAAAUUCUGCAAGUAUUGAUGUGGCUGAAGAUAGAGAAUCCCUUGGCUUUUACAUAACAACUGAG